AAUACAGUAGUAAAAAUACUGCCCAACCCCCCUUUCUUCUUUUGGAUUCCCUGCUGCACAAUUGAUGUCAAUAAUUUCUGCAUAAUCCAAGAUGAGCCCAUCAUGUGAAAUAGGUCCCAGAGGAGACAGCUUCAUAUGAUGCACGCCAUCCUCAACUUCUUGUCUCUUUCCUUUUUUCUUUUGACUUUAACUGCCAUCUUUCCUAUUAGGGAAUAUCCUUUUUCACAGGUUGCAAAACAUAAUAGCACUUUUUUCUUUUUGGAACAUACUUAGAACAUAAGAGUCUUUGAUAAUUUCUAAAAUAAGUAGCUAAAGAUUGGAAGAUUAUAUCACAUUAGUGGCCGGAUUGAGUAAAGUGUAUUGAUUGUUUGAAGAAUACAUUUAUAAGUUCGUCCAAAAUGGAGCUUUCGCCUGCAGUAGUAGUCAUUUGUAUUGUGGAUGGAUGUGGAUCAGACCUUGGUGACUGCAGAAAGUAUUACCAGCGCCAUAAGGUUUGCGAACUGCAUUCCAAGAGCCCACAAGUUUCGAUUAAUGGCCAACACCUACGCUUCUGCCAGCAAUGUAGCCGAUUUCAUCCGCUAGAGGAAUUUGACAACGGAAAACGAAGCUGCAGAAAGCGUCUUGACGGGCAUAAUAGAAGAAGAAGAAAGCCCAGACCGUAUCUUUUAUCCCCUCACAAUGGGAUCAAUAUGUUGCAGCUUACUAGUCCACCGGUGCACCCAGCCAUAUCCCUCACGACCCCUCUAUGGAGCGGUGUUGUGGAGUCUCCAGCUUGGAUAAAUCACUUGGACUACGCUCCCUCUCUUCUGUCAUCAUCUGUGUCACCACCGCAGACAAUUGAUACAACCCCAAGCCACGUGCUGCACCCACAAUCUGGUCCUGCUUCAGUUUCUACAACGGAAAGUUCAUUGGAUCCAGGACAAAGUUCUGGCGGUUGGGAGAAUGAUUGUGAUGUGGGUUGGGGUGGUAUGACCGAUACGAAUACUCAUCAUCAAGCGUCUUUUGAUCACGAGAAUCCUGAAAGAUUUCCCUUUGAUUGGCACUGAUAGCAACUGCAUCUUUUUCAUUCCAUUUUCAUAUGUAUCUGAAUAAAUUGAUAGUAUAUAUGUUUGGUUGGCAUUUGUUUUAGCAGGUGACUAGAUUUAAAAACAAUGUCUUAGAAUAAGUAGAACAGUUAUAAACCACCUUAUCAGAUGGCAAGAGAAUUGCAUAUAAAUUUUUUUAUAUAAA